AUGUUCUCUGCUGCUGUGGUGUUGCGAAAUGCGCGCCCGAAUCUAGUUCGCUCAUUAAUGUACACGACAACCACCAUUGCAGGUGUCAAGGCUAUCUCCUCAUUGUCCCAAUUCUCUCCCAAGCUCCUCAAUGGCAAUGGUCACCGGGGCUACGCCACCGAAAACAAAAUAAAAUCCACCUCCUCCUUCGUACCGGGGUCCAAGCAGCCUAUCACCGACGAGGCAGCCCAGCAGGAAUAUGCUAAAGCAGAGGCAGCCAUGAAAACUUCCGUCGAGUGGUUCAGGAAGGAGUGUGCAGCUUCCGAGGCGCGUGCCCUUGGACGCGUUACGCCCGCGUUGCUGUCCCCAGUGCGGGUCAAGCUCCCCGACACGGACAAGUCGGUGAGGUUAGAGGAGCUGGCGACGGUCGGCGUGCGGGAGGGCUCGACGCUGCUCAUCACGUUGUAUGACGAACAUUCCAUAAAACAUGUCGAAGCGGCGCUAUAUGACUCGGGUAUUCCGGGAGUUGUCCCACAUCGACAGGACAAUCGGACCAUUAAAGUUCCUAUUCCCAAACCAACAGUGGAAGCACGAAAGGAACUAUUCACAAUUGCAAAACGAAAAGCUGAAGACAUCCGGGUCCAAAUCCGAAAACAGCACGCUGCCAGCUUGAAGCGCGGCAAAUACGAGAAGCAUUCCGUUGAACUAGAGGAGUUCCAGAAACUGACAGACAAAUACAUCAAGGAGACCGACAAGGUUCUUGCUGAUCUCCAAAAGGCGACUGGGGGAAAGUAA